GAUACCCAUAAAUAAGGCCAGGCCCAGAUCUCAGUCACAACUGCCACAAUGCUACUGCUUAGCCUGACCCUUAGCCUGGUCUUCCUCAGCUCUUCCUGGGGCUGCGGUGUUCCUGCCAUCGCACCAUCGCUGAACUUCAACCAGAGGAUUGUCAAUGGGGAGAACGCUGUGCCAGGCUCCUGGCCCUGGCAGGUGUCCCUGCAGGAAAGAAAUGGCUUCCAUUUCUGUGGAGGGUCUCUCAUCAACCAAUACUGGGUAGUUACUGCUGCCCACUGCAAUGUCAGUCCUGGCCGCCACUUUGUUGUCUUGGGUGAGUAUGACAGAUCAUCCAAUGCUGAGCCUAUACAGGUGCUGUCCAUCUCAAAGGCCAUUACACACCCCAACUGGAACCCCACUACUCUGAACAAUGACUUGACACUCCUGAAGCUUGCCUCACCAGCCCAAUAUACAACACGUGUCUCACCGGUCUGCUUUGCAGCCUCAAAUGAGGCUCUGCCUGAAGGCCUCACAUGUGUCACAACUGGCUGGGGCCGCAUCAGUGGCACAGGCAAUGUGACACCAGUACGUCUGCAACAGGUGGUUCUGCCCCUGGUCACUGUGAACCGGUGCCGGCAGUAUUGGGGCUCAAAAAUCACCGAUUCUAUGAUCUGCGCAGGUGCCGCAGGUGCCUCCUCAUGCCAGGGUGACUCGGGAGGCCCUCUUGUCUGCCAGAAGGGGAACAAGUGGGUGCUGAUUGGUGUCGUCUCCUGGGGCACUGAAAACUGCAAUGUCCAAGCACCUGCCGUGUACACUCGGGUUAGCAAGUUCAACACCUGGAUCAACCAGGUCAUAGCCUCCAACUGAGGCCCUUCCCCAUCUCAACCAAAUAAAGAUCCCAAGUGCUAUCUA